AUGGCUGUAAACAUCCUACAAUGGUUUCCUCGUACAACCGCUCCGUUCAUUGCUAAUGCACCAAUGUUUGGAUUUGCCGAUGCCGGCCUAGCAACUGCUGUCACAAAAGCCGGAGGAUUCGGGUUUAUUGGCGGAGGCUUUGAUUUCCGAUCUGAAUCCACCCAGCUCCUAGGCCUGGAUACUCAGUUGACAAGUGCCCGCUCUAUCCUCGGUUUGACCGAUGGCCAACCAUUGCCGCUUGGUGUCGGUUUCAUUACCUUCCAGCCAGACGGGCUUAUUGACAAUGCCAUUCCCAUACUCCAGAGGCAUCGAGUAGCGGCAGUCUGGCUGUCCUUCCCUCGGGCUGACGCCGAUCAUCUUCCUAUCCUACAGGCCAUUCGAAGGGCCCGGGAGAGUUCUGAGUGGGAUAUCAAGGUUUUUGUCCAGGUAGGAACUGUCAAAGCUGCAGAAGAGGCACUUUGGCAGGGAGUGGAUGUUCUAUGGGCCCAGGGUGCUAGUUUGAUAUCCCUCUUGCCUGAGGUGCGAGACCUUCUGUCGAAGACUCAGAGUACAGACACUGCUAUCCUGGCAGCCGGUGGCAUUGUGGAUGCGAGGGGCUGUGUUGCUGCUCUCGGCCUAGGUGCCGAUGGGAUUGUUAUGGGCACAAGGUUCGUCGCAACCUCGGAAUGCCCUGCGCCGUCUGAGAUUAAGCAGACCAUUGUGUCGGGGGUUGAUGGUGGAGUCUCGACCAUCAAGUCCAUCCGACAUGAUGUAUUUCAGUCAACCGAUCUUUUUCCGAGACAGUACGAUGGUAGGGCUGUCAUCUGUGCUAGUUACCAAGAUUCUCGGGAAGGGGUCAGUGAUGAGGAAAUCAUCCGACGGUACAAUGAAGCUAGAGAAGCUGGCGAGCAUCAGCGGAGGACAGUAUGGGCUGGUACCGGUAUUGGAGGUAUCAAUGCGGUAGUCUCUGCUGAGCAUGUCGUGCAGUCUACUCAACAAGAGGUGAAGGUGAUAUUGGAGCGGUUGAGGGCAAGAUUUUAG